UGCACAACAGCAAAGGUAGGUGGCGAUAUGCACAAAGAAUACAACGCGCCAAAAAACAGAAGAAGAAGAAGAAACAGGCGGAUAUGACGGACAUACUGUGCGCCUGGUAGCCCGCGUCGUGUGGUCGUGUUUGUAGAUAAUACACAUCAGGUUUCAUAUAAACAAUCUUUUUUGAAGGAAGCUAUUUGUGCGUUUGUUAAAGGAUAAAGGAUACUCUGUGGUUGUUGGACAAAUAGUUGAAAAGAUGUCGGAUGAAGACGAAGCUCCAAUUGUGAAAAAGGCCAGGAUCUUCUAUGGAAGCCUUGAAGAAAAGGAGAAGGAGCGUCUCAGCCGUGAGGGAAAAUCUACCUCUGCCAAAGAUGCUGUUAAAGCUGGCAUUGAGGCUGGACAUAUUAAUAUCUCCAGUGGUGAGUCUAUGGAGAUGGAGGACCGUGUGAGUGAGCGACAGUUAGAAGUGCUGGCAGAGUUUGAGCGAAGAAAGAGAGCGAGACAAAUCACGGUCUCUACUGAUGAUGUAGAGGUCAAGGCCUGCCUCCGAGCUCUUGGCGAGCCAAUCAUGCUGUUUGGGGAGGGGCCUGCAGACAGACGAGAGAGAUUGAGGAACAUUCUUUCAGUAGUUGGUCCUGAUGCCUUGAAGAAAUCAAAGAAAGAGGAUGAAAAAUCAAAACGGACUCAAGAUGAGUAUCAGCAGACAUGGUACCAUGAAGGACCUUCAUCUCUAAAAGAGGCACGUAUUUGGUUAGCCAAGUAUUCACUACCCAGAGCAGUGGAAAGGUUAGAUGCUGCAAGGGCACAAAAAGAGAUUCCAGAGUCUACAAGAACAGUUAAACAGCAAGAGCUUCACAAGACCCUACGGAAUGUGAAUAACUUCUGCAGCCAAAUUGGUGAUGACCGUCCAAUAUCUCACUGCCAGUUUAGCCCCAACUCUAAGAUGCUUGUGACUGCUUCAUGGAGUGGCUUGUGUAAAUUGUGGAAAGUUCCAGAUUGUACACUUGUACGCACAUUAAGAGGUCACAAUACCAAUGUGGGAGCGAUUAGCUUUCACCCUCAAGCCACACUCACACUCGAGGAGUCGGAUGUCAAUAUGGCAUCCUGUGCUGUAGAUGGAUCUGUUAAGCUGUGGAGUUUAGACAGUGAUGAGCCUGUAGCAGACAUUGAGGGGCACUCUAUGAGGGUGGCUCGGGUGGCCUGGCAUCCCUCUGGGCGGUUUCUGGGAACAACUUGCUAUGAUAAUUCAUGGCGACUUUGGGAUCUUGAAGCCCAAGAAGAAAUUCUGCAUCAGGAGGGUCAUAGUAAAGGUGUCCAUGACCUGCACUUCCACCCAGAUGGCUCUCUGGCAGGAACUGGUGGUUUGGAUGCAUUUGCUCGUGUCUGGGACCUGCGUACUGGUCGUUGUAUCAUGUUCCUGGAAGGCCACCACAAAGAGAUUUAUAGCAUCAAUUUCUCACCAAACGGCUUUCACGCAGCAACAGGAAGUGGAGAUAACACCUGUAAAGUGUGGGACCUUCGUCAUAGAAGGUGUAUGUACACAAUUCCUGCCCAUGAGAACCUUGUGUCUUCAGUUAAAUUCCAACCUAACGAUGGGCAUUUUUUGCUGACUGGUGCAUAUGACAACACAGCCAAAGUGUGGACCCAUCCUGGCUGGUCACCUCUGAAGACUCUGGCAGGUCAUGAAGGGAAGGUCAUGGGACUUGACCUUUCACCUGACGGACAGCUCAUUGCUACCUGCUCUUAUGACCGAACCUUCAAACUCUGGAUGGCGGAAUGAGAUUGUUUGUCUUGAUGCAUUUUAAUUUUUAAUUUUUGUCCUACUGUUUUGUAUUUUUUAUUAAGUUUAGUUUUAAAGAGCUGGAAAACAACAAAGGAGAUCUUUGAAUUAGAAGCUGAUUGACAGUUUGGUUCAGUUAAAACAGAAAUACAACCAAAUGUUCCCCACAGUUUGAAUUGUUGUAACAAGCAACUCUUUAUUCUAGUGAAUUAUCUAAGAUCUGAAAUCCAUCUGUCCAUUCUUGAAUUGUCUCUCAUGUCCAUGUACCCUAUUCCAUUUUGAUCACUGAGCAGAAUUUGACAUAUUACAGAUCCACUGGGUAUCCAAAUAAAAUGUAUUUUAUUGUCCCAGGCAA